GAAUGAUGCACUGUUUUCGCUAGAUUGGCGUAUGAUUGGUGUCGGCAGAAUCGGCGUUUUGCCCAUGCGUAUAUGUAUGCAUUUAUUUACAUGUGUUCUUCAUGAGUUUGUUCCUACAAUCACAUUUUCUUUUCCAUAUUUAUUUCUUCUUGUAAAUAUCCCCAAUAUAUAUAUAUACCAUGUACCCUGCAAAUGUGCACUCUAUAUAGAGGGUAGACAAUUGUUUUAUCUUAUCUGGGCUUACUGUUCCCUUGUCAGGCGUAUUACCUCGCUGUCCCCACUCUUUUGUCGUCCUUCCAACCGAAACACGGCCAAGCGCCCAGCACUCAGCAGCGCUAGCAGUCCACUGGCAGCAGCCAGCCCGUAGCGCCGCCGUCAUAAUUUUUUUUUUUCUUUAGCCUGGCGGCGCCCUGUCUAAGCUUGCCUGGGCCGGGGUUUCCCUAUUAAUUCCCGCGGCCCCCCCGAAGCAACUUGCGUCCUUUUUUCCCCGUUUCCUCCAUCUCACGCUUCCAUCACCGGUUUUUCUUUCUUGUUGAUUUAAAAACACCCCAAAAACCACACAAACAACCAUCAUCAUGUUUGCUGCUUCCAGACUCCAGACCCGCGCCUUCUCCGCGUCGGCCCGCAACCUUUCCAAGGUCACCGUUCUCGGUGCUGCCGGUGGCAUUGGCCAGCCUCUCUCUCUCCUCCUCAAGCUCAACCCCCGUGUUACUGAGCUUGCCCUCUACGAUAUCCGUGGCGGACCCGGUGUCGCCGCUGACAUCUCCCACAUCAACACCAAGGCCCCCGUCAAGGGCUACGAGCCUACCCCCGAGGGCCUCAACGAGUGCCUCAAGGGCUCCGACAUCGUCCUCAUCCCCGCUGGUGUCCCCCGCAAGCCCGGCAUGACCCGUGACGAUCUCUUCAACACCAACGCCUCCAUUGUCCGCGACCUCGCCAAGGCUGUUGCCGAGUCCGCCCCCAAGGCCAAGGUCCUCGUCAUCUCCAACCCCGUCAACUCCACCGUCCCCAUCUGCAAGGAGGUCUUCAAGGCCAAGGGCGUCUACGACCCCAAGAAGCUCUUCGGUGUCACCACCCUCGAUGUUGUCCGUGCUUCUCGCUUCGUUUCCGAGAUCAAGGGCUCCGACCCCAAGGACGAGAACAUCACCGUUGUUGGUGGUCACUCCGGUGUCACCAUCGUCCCUCUCUUCUCCCAGAGCAGCCACCCCGAGCUGAGCUCCGAUGCUGAGCUCGUCAAGCGUGUCCAAUUCGGUGGUGACGAGGUCGUCAAGGCCAAGGACGGUGCCGGUUCCGCCACCCUCUCCAUGGCCAUGGCUGGUGCCCGCAUGGCUGACUCUCUCCUCCGCGCCGCUGACGGCGAGAAGGGUGUCAUUGAGCCCACCUUUGUUGAGUCUCCCCUCUACGCCGACCAGGGCAUUGAGUUCUUCUCCUCCAAGGUUGAGCUCGGCCCCAACGGUGUUGAGAAGAUCCUCCCCGUCGGCGCUGUCGAUGCCGUUGAGGAGAAGCUCCUCGAGGCCUGCAUUGGCGACCUCAAGAAGAACAUCGAGAAGGGUGUUGCUUUCGUCGCCUCCAACCCCGGCAAAUAAGUGCGCUACUAACUGCUAGUCGCUCUUCUUUGUUGGCUGCCUCUUGGGACAACUACGCAAAGGAAUUACCCCCCAAAAUAUAAAAAAAAAACCACGAUAAUUGUAUAAUUUACCAAACGAAGAUGAUGAAAAAAUACCGGCGAGCAGGAGCGGAGGAUGUGUGUAUGCUGGAUGAGAUGAGCUAGUGGCAGUUCUCGAUUGUUACCUUUUGCCUCCUUCUCUUUUGUUCCUCUGGGGAUAUAGAAAAGUGUCGGGACAAAUUGUGCAGAAGAGUGUGGUCCGCAGCAUUGUUUUUUUUCUUUCCUGUCUUUCUUCUUCCCCCAUGUUUUAUUGUAAAUGUACCGAGAGACGAAUACUAGAAAGGACGGAACACCACAGCACUCUUAUCUCUUCUAAUCAUAAUGUAAAAAGAACACUUUAAUCGAGCUUUUACUGCUACUAGUACCCAUUCUAUCUUACACCAUGAGAAAAGUGAAUAUUGUGCUUUUUUGUAAACGUGAAAACCAAUGUCUAUAUUAUAAUGCAUCUAGCGUAGUCUUUUACAUUGCAUCCUACAAUAAGCAAAGUCUUUUUGUCAGUGAAUACGAUGGGCAAUUUCCCAACAAUAACAACAACAACCAUCAUCAUAUCUAAUUCGAAGCUCCAGCAGCAGCAGCAUCCGCAGCCUGAGGCUGUCCCGCGGGACGAACACCCCAUCGCUCCUCCAGAGCGCGGCGUCUCUCAGCUACCUUGCGUUCAAACUCAGCAACCUGCGCAAGGCGGGCAGCAUCGUCUGCGGCAGCCUUCUUCUCAGCCUCAAUCUUCUUGCGGGCCUCUUCGCGGGCAAGCUGCUCGGGGCGGCGGACGGCAAUAUCACGAGUGUGGUAGUCGCUGAACAGGUACUUGAGGACGACUUCAAUGGUCCAGCAAACGACAAAGUCGAGGGCCAUGCAAAUGGUCAUCUUGGUCUUGAACUCGUUGGUAAAGGGCACAAGCUUGAUGGACUCGUUGAUCUCGGGCAUAAUCUCGGCGGCGCAGACAAAGGCGAGGCCAGAAACACCAACGAUACCGUAGAACAUCAUCUUGUUCUCCGAGAGGGACUCGCGGAACGGGCGGCCCUGGUAGUUGAUGGCAAAGGUGGACACUUGCUGGACGAGCUGCAAGAGGUAGACGGCGGAGUUGAGAAGCGAUGGGGCAAACUCGGCUUCGAGAUCAACAAUGUCGGAACGGCUAGAGAAUGUUAGUCAGUAUAGGGAGAUAAUAUAUAGACAUGGAGGAAACGUACGGUUCAAUCUUUUCGCAAAGGCGGGCAGUGUAGAUGAGCGUGGCAAUGUGGACGGCAAACUGGCCGAGAAUGGAGCCGAUAAUGUAAACGUUGAAGAUGUUGGGCUGGGGACGCUCCUUGCUCAGACCCUCGACGACACGGGCGCGAGAGAUGGACAGGAAGCAGACAGACAUGAGCAUACCGCUAAUGGUGUACUGGGUGUCGCCAAACUUGAUGCCUUCGAGGUACAGGACAGAUAGCGAGUAAGCGGUAAUCAAACAGUUGAGCGCGAGAAUCUUGUACAUUUGAAUCGUGGCAACAAGCGUGCAGCGACCCUGGCGGACAAUGUUGGGAACAGCCAUGACGUCGCGAAGCUUGGAAGUAAAGGGGGCAGCGACGGAGGAUUGUCACCGGUAAUCAUGACGACACGAUGGCUGCUUUCGUUGAGCAUCUGGACGGCUUCCUUGGCAUCUUCCUUGAGGGGGCAGUGGAGAACCAAGAAACCGGCAAAAGUAAGGUCACACUCAAUCUUUUCACGCUUCAAGUCGUUGAUCUUGGCAGCGCCAAGUUCAGUAUCAACAGUGAGCUGCUUGUAAGCCAGAGCCAAAACACGAGAUCCCUUGCGGGUAAAGUAUUUGUAGGUUUCUUCGUAGUCCUGUGGAACCUUGACAAGCAUCUUCAUGAUGGUCUCGGGCGCACCCUUGACACCGGCGAAUGUGCCCUUGAGCUUCUCGCCAGUCUGGCUGUUAGUACCGUUGACCAUGGCGACGGAGCUCUGACGCUUGAGGGCAGAGGAGAACUGGAAUCGGCGCUUGAUCUGAACGUUUCCAAUGGCACCAGUAGCCUUGGCGAGACUACUGAGAGUGUCAUUCUUGCCGAGGGUCCAACCGAGAGAGGAGAGGGUAGCCUUUUCCAUGGGGUCACCAACAAUGUCACCUUCGUCAAGACGAACAAGAGCAUGGGCGGUGGCAAGAACAAGCUGGGUUUCGAGGCUGGUCUGCUUAACAUCAGCAAUGGUAGAGUGGGCACCAUCAGCCUCGCGCUUGUCCUGGAUUUCGUCGUGGCCAAGAGCCAUACCAGCAAUGCCUUCAACAACGAGGUCCUCGCCAGUCAGGGUACCAGUCUUGUCAAAGCAGGCGACAUCAAUACGACCACCAAAGGGAAUACGGAAGGGCUCAGUGCAGAAGAUGGCAAGCUUGGCAAGGGCAGCCAAACUAGUGUUGACAGCAAGAGAAAGUUCCAUGGGAAGCUCGGGCGGGACGACACUGGUGACAAUCAAGAUACAGUCGAGAAGAAGCUUGGAGCGCUUGCGAUCCUUGCGAACACCUUCGUCCCAGACAUACCAAGAGGCGGCAAUGGCGAAAAUCAAGAGGAAGAGAAUGAAGAAGAGCGCCUCGACGUUGUUGGCAGAGACGCGCUCAGUAGAGUAGAUCAUGGUGCGCACAAGGCUGCCCUGGGACGUCUCAAAGCCGGUCUUGGUAACAAUGGCAAUGGCGCCGCCGUCGGGAGCAGUGGGGAUUCCAGAAGCCAGCUUGGGCUUCUCUUGAUCAGGGUUGCCGUGGGUAAUCUGAAGAACCUUGGUGCCACCCCAAAGGAAGGCGUUCUUGUCCAAGCCGUCAGCGUCGAGAGUGGCAUCAGCAGGUCGGAGCAUGAUGGAGUCCUUGAGCAGUGGCGUACUUUCACCAGAAAGCAUGGCUUCGUUGACAAUGGCAGUGCCCUCGACAAGAAGCAUGUCACAAGCGACGCCGGAGUCUUCCUUGGUGCGGGUAACGGAGACAACAUCACCGGGGAGGAGGGCAUCACUCUGAACCUCAGCCCACUUGCCAAGACGGAACACCCACAUGUCGUAGGGCUUGAUGCUCAUGCCGCGGAAUUCGGUCAGGGUGCGCUGGCGCUGCCACACAACAGUGCUCUCAAAGGCGACGAGCAUGAAGAGGGUGAAGAGAGAGUAGUACCAGUAUUCGUCGAGCAUCCACAGACCAACACAGAAGAUCUGGAACACGAAGAACGGGGCGACGGCGUGCUCCUUAAAGAGCUCUGUAAAGGUCGGGACGGGGAUGUCGAAGGUGUUUGUGCCAUAGUGUUGUUCAAUGCGGGACAGUUCGGACUGCUUGUCGAUACCACGGGACGAGAGGAAAUGGCCAAUAGUGGGCGCGGGGGUCGAAUCGAUGUCGUACUUGAGGCAGUCGAAGGUCUUGGUCUCGGGGCUGUAGAGGAAGCGGCGUUUCUGGAAGAGAAAGGAGAGGUUCGUCUUGCCGCCAGCCUUGUCGCGGACGAGCUUGCAGAUCUCGGGGGAGCCAGCGUUAGCGACAGGCAUGACCUUAAUGAGCUGUGCAUCUUCCAUCUUGGUGACCUUGGAGGCCUUGAAGCGCGCAGCAAGGUUCACGCUCCAGUGGGUGCUGAGCCAGACAAGAGCCUGGACAGUGAUGAUGGAGCCAACCCAGACAAAGGUCCAUUCGGGAGCACCGAUGUGCUUCUCGUAGAGUUCGGGAGUCAGGAAGUAUCGAAGGAAGACGGGCCAGGCGAUUGCAAAGGGCCAGAUAUAAGCGUGGAAGUGCAAAGGAAGCGGCUUGAGGAGCUCGGCCUCCUUGAUUUGCGCGUUAUCGACGAGUUGAGCCAUGGUUUCGGGAGGAAUCGAGGGGCGCGGCUCGCCCGAAGGUUGUUAAGGAGAGGACGCCAAAAGCGCAGACAAAAGAGAGAAGAAGAGAGCAAAGACGGGCUCUGUCGGGUCAAACCAUGCAAUUGGGCGCGCACAAUGCCCUUUUACAGUUUGACGGUGAUGGUGAUGGCGAUGUUGGCGGUGGUGUUGAAACAGCAGCAGCCCGGGG